UCCGCCAGUUGGCCGUCGUCGUGUGCGGAGUACGGAUAUAGCUGCCGCUCUCGCUCUCGAGGAGAUUCCGCUCCAGGAGCAGUCGUUCCCUCGCGCGCACACGCACACGCACACAGGGUCGCAGCGUCGGUGACUCGCCGCCAGUAGUGCGAGUCGAGGCUGGGCCAGACGCGAAGAUAUCGUAUACGGGAUUCAAGCGCAGACGAGAAGAGAAUAGAAGAGAGAGAGAGAGAGAGAGAGAGAGAGAGCUGGCGGCGGCUUCCCGCGGCGGUUAUGCGCGUAGCGGCUGUCCGCGGCAGUUGCAGCACGGGGAGCUGGCUCGAUAAGCUGCUGCUGCUGCUGUUAGUGCUAGCCCGCAAAGAGGAUCGCCAUGGCUGCGGCGGCCGCCGAGUUCAAGCUCGCCGGUGGCUGGACACUGCUCGGCCUCCUGCUGCUUCUGACCACGACGACGAUGCUUAUUGGAUCAGCCGAGGCCAGCGGCAAUUGGGACCGGGACGACGACGACUCGGUGACGACGAUCGACGUGAGAUCCGUACUGGGCCACACGGCGCAGCUGCCCUGUAACAUCGAGCCCUCGACGAAGGACGAUAAGGUUUACAUGGUGCUCUGGUUUCGCGAGACCUCGGUCAAGCCGAUCUACAGCUUCGACGUCCGAGGUAGGGCCUUCAACACGGCGCUGAACUUCUCGGACAAGAACGCCCUGGGCCCAAGGGCCUACUUCAACACGAGGUUACAGCCGGCAGCCCUGUCCCUGGAAGCCGUGCAAUUGACCGACGCCGGUAUCUACCGCUGUCGAGUCGACUUCAAGAAGUCGCCGACGAGAAACUUUCAGGUCAACCUCAGCGUUAUCGUUCCUCCGCAUCAGCUGCUCAUCUACGACAGUUCCGGAGCCCAGGUGAAGUCCGUCGUCGGGCCUUACGAGGUCGGCGCCUCGUUCAACCUCUCCUGCGAGGUCAGAGGAGGUGAGCCAUCGCCGAGCGUGUCCUGGUACGCGAACGGCGAGGAGCUGAGCGGUGCGGUAGACCGUAGCGAGCCGUUCGUGGUGAACAACAAGCUGAGCGUCGCGCGGCUCUCGAGGGAGCACCACAAUACCACGUACAAAUGUGGGGCGUCCAAUACGAAUCUGAUAGCGCCGCUCGAGCGCAGUGUACUUUUAGACGUCUACCUGAGACCCCUGUCGGUGAAGAUCCUGGCGAAGCCCUCGCGGAUGGAGGCGGACAAGGAGUACAGGAUCGACUGCGAGACCGAGGGAUCGCAUCCCAGGGCCAACAUCACGUGGCACGAGGGUCUGGCUCCGUUCACCAAUGGACGGGUGACGGACGCUCGCGGGGACGACUCGAAGAUGCUGGUCCAGAGCACGCUGACGUUCUCCCCGACGCCGGACGACCACGGGAAGAUCCUCAAGUGUCGGGGACAGAAUCCCGCGCUGAAAUCCGCCUUUCUCGAGGACUCCUUCACCAUGAACGUCGUCUUCCCGCCAAUGGUGCAGCUAGAGCUGGGCAGCACCCUGAAAGCCGAGAACAUCAAGGAGGGCGACGACGUCUAUUUCGAGUGCAAAGUACGCGCCAAUCCCGAGCACCACAAGAUCACUUGGCGACACAAUGGUGACAUACUGAUGCAGAACUACUCGGCCGGAAUAAUAAUGAGCACGCAGAGCUUGGUGCUGCAGCGGAUCGAGCGCAAGAACGCCGGAAAUUACACGUGCCUCGCCAGCAACGAACGUGGCGAGACCACCAGCCCGACCGUCGCCCUUCGAGUCCAGUACGCGCCGAUCUGCAAGAACAAGGAGGUGACGAUAAUCGGCGCCUCGCUCGAGGAGUCGGUCCGAGUGCGCUGCGAAGUCGAGGCCGACCCGGGCGAGGUCGAGUUUGUCUGGGAGUUCAACUACAGCGGCGAGAACUUCGAGGUGGCGCCGGCCAAGUUCGACGGUAACAACGGCACCCUCAGCGAGCUCGUCUACACGCCCAUGUCCGAGCGCGACUACGGCACCCUCACCUGCUGGGGUAGCAACCCCAUUGGCAAGCAGGCAGCCCCUUGCGUCUACCAGAUAAUCCCGGCCGUGAAGCCCAGUCCGCUGAGCAACUGCACGGCCAAGAGCGCCCUGAACCAGACGACCGAGCUCCUCGAGGUCGAGUGCGUCGCUGGAUACGACGGCGGACUCAGGCAAGAGUUCCGACUGGAGGUGUACGAGGUGUCGAGCGGCAAGCUCCGGCUGAACGUGUCCAGCGCGACGAGCGAGGCUCCGGUCUUCCGGAUACCCAUAAGCGAACUGCUGCCCACGACGCUGUUCUACCUGGUCAGCUACGCGGCCAACGCGAAAGGCCGGAGCGAGGUCUCCCUACUCGAGGACAUUAUGCUGGGUGACUCGGAGAAGCACACGGACAGCUCGGUGAGCAUGGUUCCUCUGAUCCUGCUGCUGGUGGGCUGCCUGAUGGCCCUUGGGAUCACGAUAGUCUCGGUGAUGCUGAUGAUGUACCGUCGACGCGGCAGCACCUCACCCGUCCACAUCGAGCCCUACAUGAAGCAGCCCAUCAUCACGCCUCCCGACUCGCGUAACAAUUCGAUGCUCGACGUAACCCACGGCGAUCACACCUACUUCGUCGAGUACACCCUCAAACAGGUCACCGACUACGCCCUCAACAAUCAGCCCGACAUCAUCCAGUCGCCCCAAGGUACGCGUCUAUUAGACCAAGAGAAAAUGAAGCGCGAGCCGCAGCUGUUCCUGCCCGUCAGACCGGACACGCUCUUCGCUCCUUACGACAUCCACAAACAGGGCCUCCAAACGAAUCGAUGUAGUCUGAAUCCAUUCUCCGCAAAAUCGUGGGAGCCGAUAAGCUUCAAAGCGGACCGCAACCUCAUGAAAGAAAUCAUCAUCGCCAACUCCAUACCCGGACCCGAGAGCUGCGUGUAAAACACGCGGCGUCGGCCGGUCUCCCGGAGAACGGCGAACAGAAUCCAAGGCCUAUCACAGCAUCGACUCGCAUGAGAUCUGGAAGAAUCUCUCACGCAUAAUACGCACGAACAUAUCACGAAACGAAGAAGCGCGAGCCAUCGCACGUGUCACAUAAAAAAAAGCAUAAUCUACUUCGACGAUGUAAGCCAACGCGAUUUAUAUCGGCGAACGAAAAGGAGAGUAAGAGAAAAAGAAAACUUAGCGAAUCUUAUAAAUAAACGAUUAAUUAACGACGAGCGAGAGAGAGAGAGAGAGCGAAUGUGCGAGCGAGCGAGAGACAAGAGUGCGCGAGCUGUAUGCGAAAGGUGAGAAUAUUCCUCCUUCUAAAGGGGCCGACUCUCAUAUACGUGAAUACACUUAUACGCAUUUACAUUAAAAAGUACACGCAUACACAUACACACGAACAUCGUCAUCCGAGAAGAGGCGACUGACUGAAGCGAAACAUGCGCGCUGCAGCGUUUUUCACGGACACGUAAUAUACACACGCGCGCGCGCGCGCGCGUACACGCGAUAUUUAUUAUAAAAGAGGAUGAAAAAACGAAAAAUAAAGCUAAAAAAUUGUAACGAAUCGUCGAGGACGGUAUAAACGCGCGUUCUUCGACGGGCAAGCGCUACACACGUUCCGUGUUUACAGGUAUAUUUUGUGUGCCAGGAGCAGUCCUUUUGUUAUUGUACAUCAUUGUUUUCGUCCUCGAAGACGCCCUCUCGGACUCGACGUAUAGAACAAAUAAGUAUAUAACGAAGACUUGAAUGCGCGACGGGACUGUAUACCGCUCACGUGCGGCGACUCCGUCGACAUAAAUUAUGAACUGCAAUAUCGUGAAAAUAUGUACACAUUUUUAUUUGCAUUGUUUGGUCGAUUCUUUGACGGGUCUAUACAAUAAUAUAUAUAUAUACGAUGAAUUUAUAUACAUAUAUUGCGCGUGCUCUGGAUUCUUUUGGAUCGAGUUCAAAUACGUACAGGGCAACGCGCGCCCUUUCUUCGUUUUACGAAACAAAGUGAAAGUCGUGUACAGUAGUGAUGUUUUUUUUUGUCGUAGUUCGCUCGUUUCACUGUCGAAAAAUACUACAAUAUAGUACGCACAGAUUAUUAAUACACUCUGAAAACUAAAUGUGAGAUGGUAGAUGUGGAUACGUUCCUAAGUUCGUCUUUAUUGAACGCGCACAAUCAUAUCUUUCUAUGAACGUUUACCGCAGCGCCCGUCAGAGGAUCGAGAUUCUUUUCUCAAGUUUUAUUCUUGCAGCUCUGAGGAAGAUAUUUCUGACGUAACGUGAAAUUUUAUUAUGAAGUGUGAAAAACCAAUUUUUUGUAAAGAAAAAGUGUAUAAAGCGUAAAAAAUUGUGAAUAAAUGUUCAUUAAGACAGCUUUACUAUAAAA